CGCCUCCGGGCUCCCCACAGCCCCCGGCGCGGGCCGCCAUGUUUGUCCUGGUGGAGAUGGUGGACACGGUGCGGAUACCUCCCUGGCAGUUUGAGAGGAAGCUCAACGACUCCAUCGCCGAGGAAUUGAACAAGAAGUUGGCCAACAAGGUUGUGUACAACGUGGGUCUCUGCAUCUGUUUAUUCGAUAUCACCAAGCUGGAGGAUGCCUAUGUGUUCCCGGGGGAUGGCGCAUCACACACCAAAGUCCAUUUCCGCUAUGUGGUGUUCCACCCGUUCCUGGAUGAGAUUCUGAUUGGGCAGAUCAAGGGCUGCAGCCCAGAGGGCGUGCAUGUCUCUCUAGGGUUCUUCGAUGAUAUUCUCAUCCCCCCAGAGUCGCUGCAGCAGCCCGCCAAGUUCGAUGAAGCAGAGCAGGUCUGGGUGUGGGAGUAUGAGACGGAGGAAGGAGCACAUGACCUGUACAUGGACACGGGGGAGGAGAUCCGCUUCCGGGUGGUGGAUGAGAGCUUUGUGGACACGUCCCCCACGGGCCCCAGCUCGGCCGAGGCCACGUCAUCCAGUGAGGAACCACCCAAGAAGGAGGCUCCCUAUACACUUGUGGGCUCCAUCAGUGAACCAGGCCUAGGUCUUCUCUCCUGGUGGACCAGCAACUAGCCUCAGCUGGCUGGCAGAAUACCCUGGCCUUGGGAAAGUUGGAGUCAUCAUCUGCCACCCAGAACCAGACUGCUGGGGCCAGGAGUGCUACCAUGUGCCCCCCACCAUCCUGACCCGCUGUUCCUCCAGCUGGACUGACACUUGGCUUUUUGCAGCGCUGGGGAUGGAACCCAGGGCCUUUUCCAUACCAGGCAAGCGCUCUGCCACCAAAUUAAACCCCCAGCCUCAUCCAGUGGGCUCUGGCUUUUAAUGACAGGAGACAUUCAAUUAAAGGAACAGUGGCAUCAUGGGCUGGAAGUCACCCCCUCCCCCCCCCAAACUGGGGAGAAUGCGUUGAAUAGAAACCUCUUUGUACAAUGAUUUAAAAGAUUAAAAAGACCAGCAAGUGUCCUUGAUCUAGGCUAAGUUGCCAAGCUGGGACAGCACAGCUACCUCAUCUGUCCCAACUCACUUGUGGAGAUAAUCUACACGUCCUCAACUUGGGGGUUGCCAGACUGGGCUGGCCAAGUUAGGUGAUUCCCUAACACAAGAGUGUGGCAGCCUGGGAGCGGCUUUGGGCCCAGGCACUGUAGCUCCUCACCUGGAAGGCGGCGCUUUCCAGAGGAAGUCAGCCUCCAGAGGAGGGCUUUGGUGGGGUAGAGUCAGAGACCAAGGUGGAAGGGGGGAGACCUGACUGGUCCUGGGGACGGGCCUCCACGGAGCCUGCCAGGCCUCCAGCUCAGUGAUGGGAUGUGGGGCAGCCUGUGCUGAAGGGGCCGAGAUCAUACGUGGCAUAAUCUUGGGAGCCAUUACUUGCCAGUCUGUUAGGAUGGGCUACGCCCAUUCUCAGGGUGACUAGAGGGCUGUGACCCUGCCUGCCUGGCACGUUAAUGCCAGGGGAGUGGCACUAAAGUCACAGGAACUUGGAGACACGACCUCUCUGCUG